CGACCAUGACAAUAACCUGAGCGGAGCGGCCAGAUCAUCAAUAGGACGUCUCUUGUAUACCGCCACCUGGCUAAAGUCUGACCUUCAGUUGACCAUGUCUGGGAUCACAAGCAAAGUCAAGCGCAUCUUCCGCAAGAAUAAAGACAAGACAGAAGUCGCGGAAGGAGCUGAACCGAACGAGGAUUCCGCGUAUCCUACCGCAGACUCGUCGGCCGCUCACCCAGCAGCGCCCCAUCCGGAGACCCAUGAACACCUGUCCAACGCGCUUGAAGCCCUCGUUGACAAGAGCAGUCAGCCAUUGACUAAGGAGGAAAUCCACAACGGCUCGGCUGGCGGCACCGCCCUUGCGCCGGCAACUGUUGCUCACGCGAAGUCGGCGUGGUUCUCCAAGUUCUAUCCAGAUGAGACCAUUGAUAAGUUGUUCGUCCAUGAACAUAUGGGAAACUGGAUCAUCAUUCGCAAGACUGGCGACCGCAUCUUCGAGACCAUGCCCAUUUAUACCCGCAUUGGCAUGCACCUGCUGUUCUACGGGAAGGCGGAAACCGCACUUCUGCACUGGGGACGGGUAGAGACAUUGUUAAGGGAGCAAUCCAUGAAGCAGGGUCAGAUUUACGAUAAUCCCGAUCCGAAAGUGAUCUACCCCCAUAUCCUCGCAUUCUGCAAGACAUACCAAAUUGACACAUCUAUCUUACUCGAGCCCGAGUUGCACAAUUACCCCAGCCUGAACACGUUCUUCAGCCGCAAGCUGCGGCCCGAUGUUCGCCCUAUCACCGCUCCUGACGAGUUGGGCGUGAUCGUAUCGUGUGCCGACUGCCGUCUGACCGUAUUCGAGACGGCCCAAGAGGCUACCAAUGUCUGGAUCAAAGGUCGUCACUUCACUAUUCCAGAGCUCCUCAAUGACGAAGAGAUUGUGGAAGAGAUCGGCUCGGAUCCGUCCCUGGCGAUCUUCCGCUUGGCGCCGCAGGACUAUCAUCGUUAUCACGCGCCAGUUACUGGCCUGUUCAGGAAGGUUACCAAGCUCCCAGGGGAAUACUACACGGUCAACCCGCAGGCUGUGAACGAGCCGGGAUUUGACGUCUUCACAGCCAACAAACGUGACGUCGCAUUGAUCGAUGCUACGUUGGACGAGAGUGGUGCAACGGUUCCUGUUGCGUUCGUUUCGGUUGGUGCACUGCUGGUCGGGAGCAUCACUUGGACGAAGGAGGUUGGAGAGCCGCUCAAGAAAGGUGAAGAUUUAGGAUACUUCCAAUACGGAGGCUCGACCGUGAUUGUCGUAUUCCCCAAGGGUGCCAUGACGUUUGACCAAGAUAUUCUUGGAUACUCCAAGGCUGGUGUGGAGACUCUUGUGCAUGUGGGGGAUAGGAUUGGUGUCGCGGGAUCGGCUUGAUAACUCUAACAAUAAGAAAGAAAUUAAAGAGAAUAAGUGUUGCGUUGUAGACUUCGACGUAGCUGUGAAUGAAAUGCGUUCUGUGUGUGAUAUGUACUCUCUCGACAUUAUGACAAUGGAAUAUCUC